AUGGAGGCGGCGUUUUUUAAUUUAACGAAGGCCUUUCACCGUGAGCUGGCCCACGGUCCUCCACCACUAGCACUCCCUCUCGCCGAGCUCCAGCCGAAGGAGGAGAGGGGUAAGUCAGGAGGUCUCUCUACCGUGGCUCUUACAAAGCAGACUGCCCGCAAAUCGACCCGUGGUAAAGCACCGAGGAAGCAACUCGCUACAAAAGCCGCUCGCAAGAGUGCGCCCUCUACUGGAGGGGUGAAGAAACCUCAUCAUUACUGGUUUGGUACUGUGGCACUCCGUGAAAUUAGACGUUAUCAGAAGUUCACUGAACUUCUGAUUCGCAAACUUCCCUUCCAGUGUCUGGUGCGGGAAAUUUCUCAGGACUUCAAAACAGAUCUGCGCUUCCAGAGUGCAGCUAUUGGUGCUUUGCAGGAGGCAAGUGAGGCUUAUCUGGUUGGCUUUUGGAAGACACCAACCUGUGUGCUAUGCCAUGCCAAACGUGUAACAGUUAUGCCAAAAGACAUCCAGCUAGCACGCCGCACACGUGGAGAAUGUGCUUAAGGAUCCACUAUGAUGCGAGACAUUUCAUUCUUUAAAAAAAAAAAAAAAUUCUCUUCUUCCUGUUAUUGGUAGUUCUGAACAUUAGAUUUUUUUUUUUCCAUGGAGUCAAAAGGUACCUAAGUAUAUGACUGCAAGUGGAAAAAUAGGGG